AAAAUAUACACACAUAUGUAGGCCCAAUCUGUGAAUAUAAAAAAAUAAAGAAUUAACAAAGUAAACAUCAAAAAAUCAUCAAUAAAAAAUAAUAAAAAAUUUCACAUGAAAUUCAAUCGUCGAAGCAAUUUAAGAACAAAAACAUAAUCAUAACAUAAGCAGCAGUGCCUCUGUGUCGAGCUGCUUGUGUGAAUAUCGACAAGGCAAGCAGAAAUAAAAAAAAUUCGAAGCAAAAAGAAGCACAGAAAAAUAAUAAAAGAGUGUGGAAGAGCAGACAUAAAAUGCAAAAUACGAGCACAUUGUCAGCACAUCAUAAAAAUGUGACGCGAGGUUGUAAAAAUUAUGCAAAAGACACUGAACAUCGGAAAUCGCUAAUCGUAGAUGAAAGUGAUAUAAGCACCAAUAGGCAUAAACAGCCACAACUACAAUUAUCAUUAUUAGGUCAUAACAAGUUUAUUAAGUAUCGGAGAAAGACAAGUGCGAGUUCGUGGUUAUUACUGGUGCUAAUUUGUGUAAUUGUUAAAUCGGAAUAUGUGAUCGGUGCUGUAAAUUCUAAUUCAAUUUUAAACUCAUCACCUAAUGUAAAUAGUAAUAGUAAGGAACAUAAUUAUUAUAACAAUGACAAACCAACAAAUUAUACGAGAACUUUACUUGCUGAAAUCGAUGAUGAUAUAGCGUUAUUUGUUGAUAACGGAAUUGAGGAUUUUAUAAAUUUAACUUCAUCAUCAUCAUUUUCAACACGACCGCGUGUUAUCUAUCAAAAUGAAUUUGCUGUUCACAUCCUCGGUGGAAUUGAAGUGGCAAAUGAAAUUGCUAGAAAAUAUGGAUUCACUAAUAUGGGACAGAUUGGAAGUCUCAAAAGUUAUUAUUUAUUUCAUCAUCAACAUGUAAAGAAACGAUCACUAGAAACUGGAAGUGAGCAUCACGAUAACUUAAAUAAGGAACCAGAGGUACGAUGGGUACAGCAACAGCAUGAGAAAAUCCGUAAGAAACGUGACUUUCAACGUAUCAAAUUUCCGGAACCAUCAAGUAGCCUUCGUAGUGAUCCAUUGGCAUUAUUGCGUAGUAUAGCCACCGGAUCACAAAUUAAAUAUCGUAGCACAGAUUCACAUCUCAUCUUUCCUGAUCCGCUUUUUAAAGAGCAAUGGUAUUUGAAUGGCGGCGCCAAAGAUGGACUUGAUAUGAAUGUUGGUCCAGCAUGGCAGAAAGGAUACACCGGAAAAGGAGUUGUUGUGUCAAUUUUAGAUGACGGAAUUCAACGAAACCAUCCUGAUUUAGAUAAGAAUUAUGAUCCAGAAGCAUCUUAUGAUAUUAACGAUAAUGAUUCCGAUCCAAUGCCACGUGACAAUGGCGAUAACAAGCAUGGAACAAGAUGUGCUGGUGAAGUUGCUGGCAUAGCAUUUAAUGAUAUUUGUGGUGUUGGUGUUGCUUAUAAAUCGAAAAUUGGAGGAGUUCGUAUGUUGGAUGGAACUGUCAAUGAUGCAGUUGAGGCUAAAGCCUUAGGUCUCAAUCCUAAUCAUAUUGAUGUUUAUAGUGCCUCAUGGGGUCCUGAAGAUGAUGGAAGUACAGUCGAUGGACCCGGUCCUUUAGCUAGAAGAGCUUUUAUUUAUGGUGUAACUAGUGGACGUCUAGGAAAAGGCUCAAUAUUUGUUUGGGCAUCUGGAAAUGGUGGACGAUACACAGAUUCAUGUAAUUGUGAUGGAUAUACAAAUUCAAUUUUCACUUUAUCAAUUUCAAGUGCAACACAAGGUGGUUACAAGCCAUGGUAUCUUGAAGAAUGUUCAUCAACAUUAGCAACAACAUACAGUUCAGGAACACCGGGCCACGAUAAAAGUGUAGCUACAGUCGAUAUGGAUGGUGCACUUCGACCUGAUAGAAUAUGUACAGUAGAACAUACAGGAACAUCUGCAUCAGCUCCUCUUGCUGCUGGAAUCGUUGCUCUUGCGUUGGAAGCUAAUCCAUCAUUAACAUGGCGUGAUAUGCAAUAUCUUGUCGUACUUACAUCAAGACCUGAACCAUUAGAAAAAGAAACUGGAUGGAUAUUAAAUGGAAGCAAACGAAAGAUCAGCCAUAAAUUUGGGUACGGAUUGAUGGAUGCUGGCGGCAUGGUGAACUUGGCUGAAAAAUGGAUUGCGGUUCCUGCUCAGCAUAUUUGUAAAUCACGUGAAAUCAACGAAGAUAGACAGAUUCAAGGAUCAGUAGGAUACACAUUACAGACUCAUAUGGAUGUUAAUGGCUGCGCUGGAACUGUAAACGAAGUUCGAUUUUUAGAGCACGUUCAGUGUAAAAUAACACUGAGAUUCUUCCCUCGUGGCAAUUUGCGAAUAUUAUUGACAUCACCUUCAGGCACGACUAGUACAUUACUUUUUGAACGCCCACGUGACGUUGCAAAAUCAAACUUUGAUGAUUGGCCAUUUAUGAGUGUUCACUUUUGGGGUGAGCGCGCUGAAGGUCGAUGGACUUUACAGAUUAUUAAUGGUGGCAGACGACGUGUAAAUCAAGCUGGUGUAUUGUCAAAAUGGCAACUUAUAUUCUACGGAACACAAACAAAUCCAGUUCGUCUAAAAACAGAUGGACAAUCGACGAGUGCACGUGCAGUUGCAUCACCACUUGGCACCGACUGGGAAUGGACGACGGGAGAAAACUUAAAUUCAUUCUCGAAUAAUUUCAAUGGUUUCGUAAAUUAUCAAAAUUCAUUUGCGAGUGCUGGCUCGAAUGUCAAUAAGAAAUACGCUACACUCGACGGUCGUACAAUUCCAACAUCGCAGCGUGAAAAUGUGAUGGCUGAUUCGAAUAAUAAAUUAGUGAUAUUACAUGACUGUGAUCCUGAAUGCGAUCAGCAGGGCUGUUAUGGUCGCGGAGCCACAAAUUGCGUGGCUUGCAAGCAUUAUCGAUUAGAUAAUACGUGUGUUAGCCGAUGCCCACCAAGAAGUUUCCCUAAUCAAGGCGGUGUUUGUUGGCCAUGUCAUGAAUCAUGCGAAACAUGUGCGGGUGCUGGACAGGACUCAUGCUUAAAUUGCUCACCAUCAUACAAUUAUGUGACAGAUUUGGCUGUAUGCUUACAAACAUGUCCCGAUGGAUACUUUGAAAAUUAUGAAAAUAAAACAUGUGUUCCGUGCGAGGCAAAUUGUGCUUCGUGCCAGGAUCGUCCUGAUUUCUGUACAAGUUGUGAACAUCACUUGGUUAUGCAUGAGCACAAAUGUUAUGCUGCAUGUCCAAAGAACACGUACGAAACGGAAGAUUUCAACUGUGCAGACUGUCACGCGUCGUGCGCUUCAUGUAACGGUUCAUCAGAGUCACAGUGCAUUCAAUGUAAACCAAAUCGAUUCUCAUUGGAAGGAAAAUGCCUUACGUCAUGUCCUGAUGGAUUUUAUGGCGAUAAAAAGAGGAAAGAGUGCCUUCCGUGUCCAUUUGGAUGUGCCACCUGUAGCAACGAUAAGUGUUUGACAUGCAAGACCGAUUGGGUGAAAAAUAAGAAAGACAAAUGUGUGACGAAAGGAAGCAAUAACUGCGAUGAAUCUGAGUAUUAUGACAAUGGUCAUUGCCGUUCAUGUCAUUCAACAUGCGAGACAUGUAUGGGUCCAACGGAAAAUGAUUGCCUCACAUGCUCCAACAAUCUACUAUUACAGAAUAAUAAAUGUGUAAGCACGUGCGAUAAAGGUUACUUUAUGGAAGCUGGCGUGUGUACAAUGUGUUUGCACACCUGUACGCAAUGCGUAUCGCGUAUGAAUUGCACGGAAUGCGUUAAGGGACUACAAUUGCAAAGUGGUGAAUGUCGAGCAACGUGCGCUGACGGCUAUUACAGUGAUCGUGGGACAUGUGUGAAAUGUUAUUUGAGUUGUGACACAUGCAGUGGUCCUCGAAGAGAUCAGUGUGUGAGAUGUCCAAAUGGAUGGAAGUUAGCAGCUGGAGAAUGUCAUCCUGAAUGUCCUGAGGGCUUUUUCAAGACUGAAUUUGGGUGUCAAAAGUGUCAUCACUAUUGUAAAACUUGUAAUGGAGCUGGACCACUCUCAUGUACAGCAUGUCCAACACAUUAUAUGCUCGAAGGUGGACUAUGUACAGAAUGUCUGAGCAUGCAAUAUUAUGACUCAUUAACACAAACAUGCAAAACAUGCCACGAAUCGUGUCGGUCAUGUAGUGGACCAGGACAAUAUAGUUGUGUCACGUGUGCAUUUCCAUUGCAUUUAGAUCGCUUAAAUAACCAAUGUGUGCCUUGCUGUGCAACAGAUGCAACGCCAGAAGACCAAAGCUGUUGUCAUUGUGAUAAGGAUACAGGUGAUUGCAUAAAUUCAUCACCUGCUGGAAAGCGUCGCAUUGCCGCUGAAAAACAAUUAUCACAACUGACGGAUGAGGGAAAUUUAUUUAACAGCAAUAGCAACGAUGCUGCUCUCAUCGAUGGUGGUGGUUUAAUGACCACGGCCGAUAGUGCAAGUACGAUGGAUCAAAUUAAAUCACCAGUGACAUUUGUUGGAGUUGUUGCGGUGGCAAUUUGCUCUGUUAUUGUUAUCAUGUUUGUUACCAUCUUUACUGUUCUACAGAGAAGAAAUCAUAAAAAUUCAUUUACUGGCAUCCGAUAUGACAAACUAAAUGAUCAAGAACACAUGAAGCCUUUAAAAUUAGAAUCAAGAAAUACAAAAUUGUGUAUUCCAGAACAUGAAGAUCAAGAAAACUCAUCCCACUACGAAGAUAUGCUUGAUGAUGUAAAUAUAACACAAUGUGAUGAGGAUGAUGAAGACUUUCAUGAUGACGAGGAGACAAGAUUUAUCAGAACUGAUAGGAACAAAUCAAGUAAACAAUCUUAUCACACAUCAUCUGAGCGAACAUGAUCAUCAGUUAAACGAAUUGAAUCAUCAGUAACAAAGACAAAUUUCAUAGAAACGUAAAAGAAAAAUUAUGUGAAAAAAAUUCUAAAGCUUUUUAGUUUUUCACACACACAAAAAAAGAAUAUUUAAAUAUAGACGAGCAAAUGAAGAAAAGGAAGCACUUUUUUUAAGAAACACACAUCAUCAAGCCUCAGAAAUGAAUAUAAUGCUGUUCAAACAUUGGAAAUUGCAUGAGCAAAACUAAGUUUCCACUACUGAUACCGAUUGAAGGUAAAGAAUAAUUUUAAAGACAUAAAAUCACGAGACAUCAAACAAAGUAAGAAAGUUUGUAAAGUUGCCAGAAACAUUAUUUAUCAAAAUUUGAUUUAUGUCUCAUGAAAUGCAAUUCAAACAACUCCUGAACACAUAAUUUAAUGCCAUCUAAGUUGCUAGGUCUUGAUAUUUAUUUAUUAAAACAUUUUGUUAAUUUAAAAGCAAUUAUUGAGGUAGAAAAAUCUGUGACUGUGGAUCAUUAAAAUAAUUUCAAAACUUUUUAAUAGUUAUUAAGUUGACAUCACAAAUGGAAUGAUUUUUUGAGAGAUUUCGAUGGGAUUUUAGAGCGACACAAUUGUCAAUAGUUUUAACUUGGAUCUGUCAAGGUUUUUCUACAGUUCUUUUAUUAUCCUCGUUGUAGGUUCACUAUGGACUGUUUUAAGAAUUCCCGAGUGAAACACUUGACAUGAUGUUUAAUAAAUUAUUAGACGUAUGUAAGGACGACUAAUGACAUUAGUCCGAAUAGUACAAGUCGGUUAAUCGAAUAGAAAUCAGGUACCAAUCUAGCGUGACUCUAGCGAGGUGCAGAACUUAAAUCGAAUUCAGCACCAUUCUAGAGUUACGUUAGCUUGGUGCCUGAUUUUGACUUGUGCUAUUCGGGCUAGUGUCAUUAGUCGUCCUUAGGUCUUGUAUUUUAGUAAACAUCAUGUCAAGUGUUCCACUCGAUUUUGUAGAUUAGUCUAAACAGAUCCAUGUUGGAACUUUUGUCAUUUUUGGCGCUUUAAAUUAAUUUUAUUUCAAAAGUUAAGUUUGAAUUAAAUUGUUGAUGAAUAUAAUCAAUUUUUAAAUAAAUAAUCAAAAAAUUUUAAAUCAGAAUCUUUUUAAAAAAUUCAAAAAUGACUUAAGUUAAUCGAAAUCUCUCAAAACCUAAUUCCUUAGUAAAAACUUAGCAUUUCUUUAUCAAAUAUUAUUAUUCUUUAAUUAUAGACUCAAUUAUUAUUAUUUAACUACCAAUUCUUAUUAAAUUUUAUCCUGUUGAUAAUUUUGUUUAAAAAUUCAAUUGGAUUAAGUUGAUCGAAUAAAAAUGUAAUAAAAAACAAUUUAAAAUAGCUAGACAGAAAUGGGAUUUAAAAAUAAGACUUCUAGAAAAUUCUAAAAUAAAGAAAACUCAUCAAAAAUGUUGUAAUUUAAUUGGUAAUUGACCCAGAAAUAUUAAUACAUCACUAGACUCUGACUCUGUGUCUGUUGACAAAUCUAAACCUUGAUUGUUUACAAAUAUGAUAAAUUCCCAACGGCUGAUUGAAAUAUGACAUUUUUGAUGAGAACAAAUUGAACGAAAAUUGAGUAAACAAACAAUGAUUCUCUAGAGUAAUGAACCUUUUAUAUGUAAAUUAAAAAUAAUUUAAUUUUUAAAGUUGUAAGCAUUUUUAAAUUUAUCCUGGAAUAUCUACACACUACUUUCAUUCAUAUUAUUAUCAAAAAAAUGACAAAAAAAAGAUCUGUAAAAAUGUUAAAACUGAAAUGUUUCAUUUUAAACGACAAAGAUCGAAUCACAAAAAAAUAAUCUUUAUUUUCUCUUAAACUCACAUUUUUUAUAUCUUUAACACUGAAUGAUUGCAUAUGUCAGUGACGGAAUGAGUGAAUGAUUGUGAAUGUAUAUUUGUUAUUAUAUGGUGACAUUGUGGUUUUUUAUUAUUUUCAUUUUAUUUUAUUUUUUUUGCAACAAAACACACACAAAAAAAAUGUUAUGUAUAGGAUAAUGUAUAAGAAAUGAAGAAAUGAUGAUGACGAAUAAAGUGUUUUAUUAUUAUUGAAUUACCGUGAAUUGUAAAAAAAGGAUUAUAUAUUGAAAAUAAUUUUUUUUCUAAAAAAAAAUAUAAAAAUCGAAGAAUAAAAGCAAAUAAUGAGAAAAUAAAAACAGAAUUGACAAGUCCAUUCGAUGGAGAUGAAAAUAAAAAAGCUUGAGAAUGAAAAAUUAGAAUUAAAUUGAGAAAUGUAACUAAAUUGAUGAGAAAAAAAAAAACGUUGAAGAAUGGAAAGAUUAUCGAAUGGAAAUAAAAAGCAUGAAAUCAUUAUUUUAUCAUCA